AUGGUGAAGGUGAGAAAAAACAGCCAGGAGUAUGAGUCUUCUUCUUCAGCGGCGGAAGUCCAAAACCCGGAGGGAAACAAAAAAGAUAAACCUGAAACUCGGGCGGAAGGAAACCCGGCUGAAAUUGAAGACCCAGAAAACGGGAACCUUAACAAUCCGGCGGAAGUAAACCCGACGGAAAUCGAGGAACCCCAAAUCGAGAAACCUGAAACUCCGACGGAAGGAAGGGCAGAGGAAAUCGUAGACCCACAAAUCGAGAACCGUCCUGAAAUUGAGAACGCGGAAGUGAGCACGGCCACACCAACAGCAAACGAUGGUGACUGGCAAUUAGCAGGAGAAGAUGAAGCAGAGGAGAAGGAAAAAAAAAAGGAAAAUGAAGAGGAAGUGGAAGAGAACCAAGAGGAAAAGGAAGAGAACCAAGAGGAAGAGGAAGAGAACCAAGAGGAAGCAACCCAAGAGGAAGAGGCGCUAGGAGUUGAAGAGGAAGAUGAUAGUACUGCGCCUGCGCAAGAGGAAGAGGAAGCGCAAGAGAACCAAGAGCAAGAGGCGCUAGGAGUUGAAGAGGAAGAUGGUACUGAGCCUGAGGAAGAUGGUACUCCGCCUGUGCAAGAGGAAGAGGAAGCGCAAGAGAACCAAGAGGAAGAGGAGAAGGAUGAAGCGCCAGCCAAUGUAAACGAAGAGGAAGGAGAAAUGCUAGAGGAGGAAGUAGGAAUGCAAGAGACAACUAGGACAACUAUGUAG